AAUUGAUAGUAAUGCAAAGAAACGUAGAUUAGCUGAUAUUGAAAGAGAUGAUUUUUUUUCUGAUAACCUAGGCGAUUCUUUUACAAGAAGAGAAGAAAUGGUACAAAAGAUGUCUACCGUUAACAUUAAUGGUAAUCAAUCAGUAGAGCGUACUCAAAGCGAUUUAUUACUUAAUAACGAUGGUGAAUCACAUACUUUCACUCCAAGUCGAAGAACAACAAGGAGUGAACGUAAUAAUAAGUCAAACAGUAGUAACCGAAGUAACCGAAGGGCAACAAUUCCUAAGCGAAAAACAAUAGAGCGUUCAUCAAGUUCUUUGACGAGUAUGAUUGUGGAUCAGCCUGAAGCAGUAGAUGAUAGGCGAACGUCAUCAGAAGAAUCGUCUGUAGAGCGAAGUCCAGAAGUUGAAAAUAAUUCCAGGAAAAAGAGCAAGAGAAGAGUAGUAGUAGAUAAUUCUGACAAUUCUGAUUACGAAGAAACUACAAGAUCGAAACGAACUAAGUGGACUGAUGAAGAAUUGGAUGCACUUGAAGAAGGUAUGCGUCAAUAUGGAAAGCAAUGGGCAGCUAUAAAGAAGAAUUAUGGAGAAAAAGGACAAGUCCUCGAGAAUCGAUCUGCAGGUCAGCUGAAAGAUAAGGCACGUAGCGAACAAACUCGACGAAAAAGAGAAAAUAUUGAUACUGGUGUCUUUGCGAUCAUAGAUCUCUAAUUUUUUUCAAAAAUAUCUAUAUCAGAUAUAUACUACAUAUACUGUAUGUACAAAAAAAAUCGAACUUUAUAUAUAAAUGAAAAAUUUAGAACUUAUUUUUUUUUUCAUGUUUAAGAAAAAUUUAUAGUUAUAGUUAUAAAUGUAAAAUUACUUAGCUUAGUAAAAUUUCUCAAACAGAAAAAAAUCAAUUAAUAAAUG